AUCUCACCAAAUAGACAAAUACUAAAUCUCUUUUUGUCAAACUUAUGCUCUCUUUUUUCUCCUUCAAAGUUUAAACAUACCCUCCAACUGUUUGAUAAAAUCUCUCAUCCAAUUAUAUUAAAUCACAUUUAUAUAAUAUAAAGCUAGUUUCUUCAUACCACUUUGACAAACUAUCCUCCAAAUUCAAAUUCACUUCCUGCAAGCAAUUGAAAAGAGAAAAGAAGGACCAAAACUAGAAAUGGACCAUGCCAAUAUUGCUUAUGAUUUAGUCAUGGUGGCUCUAUCCAUAUCUCUUAUAGUUCUUGGUGUUGUUCUGUUUCUUGCAUGCAAGAAAAAGCCGGUUGAAUCCGAGGAAACACUUCCGGUAAAAUUUUGUGCUCGUGCAUACCCUUUAAUGGAACUUGAUGCUGCCACUGAUGGCUUCAAUCAUAGGAGAAUUGUUGGCCAGGGUCGCCUAGGAACGGUUUACGCCGCAACGCUAUCGAAUGCAGAGCUUGUAGCUGUGAAGAGGAUCCACCCUUUUCUUGUUUUGAGCAAUGCAGGUUUUGGAUUCUCAUCUGUGUUGAAGUGGCUCUCAUUGGCACAACACCCCAACGUUGUUCCAAUCAUAGGAUUCUCCGAAGCGCCCAAGAGGUUUAGAAUUGCAGCAGGUGUAGCUAGAGGGCUUCAAUACCUGCAUGAAGUGGUAGCACCAAACAUAGUACAUGGUUGUGUUAAGUCCUCUAAUGUUCUUAUUGAUGUGAAUUUCUGUGCCAGGGUUUGUGAUUAUGGACUUAACUUCUUGGCACCAAUGGAGAAGAGAGGGGUAGUGGGGUAUGUGGAUGGUGAGUAUUGGAAUGAGAGAGGGGGUGGUGCUACUAAAGAAAGUGAUGUUUAUGGUUUAGGUGUGGUGCUUUUGGAGCUUCUAAGUGGAAGAGGGUGUGAGGGAGGGUCAUUGGCAAAUUGGGCAUUGCCUUUGAUUAAGGAAAUGAGUUUUGGUCAAGUUUUAGAUCCCAGGCUUGUGACUCCUUCUGAUAUGAGUCCUUUGGUUAGAUUGGCCAAAGUUGCUUCAGCUUGUGUUGGUAAUCCAAGAAAGUGUAGGCCUAGUGUUGCUCAAGUUGCUACCAUUUUGAACGAUUUAGAAAUACAAGUGUCUUUUCCAUAGAAAAUUAUUUGUAUCACUCAUUUUUCUUUGUAUUUUAUAGUAAUAAAAUGGCGUUAAUUGUGU